UCUUCCCGGCCCUUCCCGAGGUGGCGCAGUCGCCUGCGGCCCUGCGGAGCCCACACCGGGCCCUGCUGGAUUCUCACACCACUACCUAGUUUGAGAAGAUGGCAGGGAGGAAAGUCCUAAUAGUCUAUGCACAUCAAGACCCCAAGUCUUUUAAUGGAUCUCUGAAGAGUGUCGCAGUGGAAGAACUGAGCAAACAGGGCUGCAGUGUCACCGUGUCUGAUCUCUAUGCAAUGCAGUUUGAGCCAAGAGCAACGAGAAAUGACAUUGUUGGUUGCUUACACAACUCGGAAGUGUUCAACUAUGGAGUUGAAACACGGGAAGCCUACAAGAGAGGAGAGUUGUCCAGUGAUCUGAUUGAAGAGCAGAAGAAGGUGCAGGAAGCAGACUUACUGAUUUUCCAGUUUCCCUUGUAUUGGUUCAGUAUGCCAGCAAUUAUGAAGGGCUGGAUGGACAGAGUCUUGAUCGAAGGAUUUGCUUUCCAGUUUCCAGAUUGUUACACUUCCAGUUUGCUCAAGAAUAAAUUAGCCCUGUUUUCUUUCACCACUGGAGGAAGCCAAGAGACGUAUACAAAAGGAGGUAUCAGUGGUGAUAUUCGCUAUCUCCUAUGGCCCAUGCAGCAUGGCAUCAUGCACUUCUGUGGUGUCAAAGUCCUUGCUCCUCACAUCUGCUUUGCUCCAGAAUAUGUCUCUGAGGAGGAAAGGAAGAAGAUGCUGCUUGCUUGGGCCCAGCGUCUGAAGACUCUUUGGAAGGAGGAACCCAUCGACUGCUCUCCUGAAUGGUAUUUCAAGUAAUACUCAGGCACAGCACUAUGGAAUUAGAAUUUUUCCUUUUUUUUGUGCUUUAUCUAAAUAUUUAAAUGAAUAACUAACCUCAUGGCUUGAAUAUAUUACAGAUACCUUUCUUGUGUUCUAUAGCUAGGAGUUUAGCUGACGAUAUACCAUCUAUCUUCAAUGCUAGGUGCAUAACUCUAUUACCCUAAAACAUGGGUAGGAUGACCUCCUGUCUACUAGUGGCUAGUAAUACAAGCAGUAUUUUCUUGCAGAUUUUAUUCAUUAUGAAACAGUAAAUUGCUUUGCCAAAUUUGUUUUAACUUUUUGCACUAGCAGUGAUUUUGUUUCACUGUCCUGGAAAUACUCUGCCCCGACUCAACAUAGCUGUGGCACAGGAUAUACAGCCGCAUAGGGACCUAGACAGCUGGAAGCUUGUGGUCAAGCUUUACGCUCCUGCACACAUUAAAAACUAUAUUAAAGCAAUAUUAAAGCUGCGACAGGUAGAGCUUUCUAAAAUCAAGGAGAUGUCCCAGUUUUUGUUACUUUGAAUAGAGUUAAAAGGGAACCGAAUCUAAUCCCUGCCCCUUCCUGCGAGUCAGUCCUGCCAUUCGGGCUCGGAGGUCCUCGGAUGCACCCGGCUUCCUCAGCGUAGGUGGGGACCUCCCCCUCGGGCAUGUCCAGCAUAGCCCA